AUGAGGGGUGUUUUUGCUAUUGUGUUCUUCAUGUUCUGCAACCUUCUUCUACUUGCUGAGUAUGGGUCACCCUUCAGGCCAAACACUCCACUUUCGUUCUGUCAAUACAAUGAAAGUGUUUGUUGUAAUUCCACUGAUGAUAUGCAAUUGCAAAAACUAUUUAAGGCUAUGAAAGUUUCUGAUAUCGGUUGUGCUGCUGUUCUGAAAUCUAUACUUUGCUCGAGAUGUGACCAGUUUUCCGCGGAACUAUAUAGAACAGAAUCAACGCCUCGUCAAGUUCCUGUUCUCUGUAACUCAACAGGUUCAUCAAACUCAACCCAAUUCCAACAUGGUGGAGUUGACUUUUGUACCGAGGUUUGGGAUGAAUGCCGAAAUGUAUCCAUAUCAAGUUCUCCAUUUGCUUCGCAAGGUGGUGGUGGAAGAACACCAUUGAAUUCUACUUCCAAGCUGAGUGAUAUAUGGCAGUCGAAAAGUGCUUUCUGUGAUGCAUUUGGUGGAUCUUCCAAUAGAGAAAUGUUCUGUUUUGAUGGUGGACCUGUGUUGCUGAACAACACUGAAAUUCCAAGUCCCCCAAGUGGUAUGUGCCUUGAAAAAAUUGGAAAUGGAUCUUAUCUUAACAUGGUACCUCAUCCGGAUGGGUCUAAUCGCGUGUUCUUAUCUGACCAACCCGGCAAAGUAUGGCUGGCAACUGUUCCUGAGGAGGGAUCAGGAGGAAUGUUGGUGAUUGAUGAAUCAAAUCCGUUUCUUGAUAUAACUGAUCAAGUGUAUGCCGAUAUUGAGUUUGGAUUAAUGGGAUUAGCAUUCCAUCCUAAUUAUCUACAGAAUGGUCGUUUCUUUGCUUCAUUCAACUGUGAUAAGGUUAGAUGGCCAGAAUGUUCAGGAAGAUGUUCAUGUAACUCAGAUGUGGGAUGUGAUCCUUCCAAGCUUGGUUCUGAUAAUGGUGCUCAGCCAUGUCAAUAUCACAGUAUCAUAGCAGAGUUCACUGCUAAUGGUACUGCGUCCCAACCUUCUUCGGUCACUACGGUUAAACCAUUGGAAGUCAGAAGAAUUUUCACUAUGGGACUUCCAUUUACUUCCCAUCAUGCAGGUCAAAUUCUUUUUGGACCCAAAGACGGGUAUCUGUACUUUAUGAUGGGAGAUGGUGGUAGCAUAGGUGACCCUUACAAUUUUUCUCAAAACAAGAAAUCCUUGCUUGGAAAGAUUAUGAGGCUCAACAUAGAUAACUUACCAAGUGCAUUAUCAAUCAGUGAUCUUGGCCUAUGGGGAAACUAUUCUGUUCCUGCAGAUAAUCCGUUUUCUGAAGAUAAGGAGUUGGAGCCUGAAAUCUGGGCUCUAGGACUUAGAAAUCCUUGGCGUUGUAGUUUUGAUCUUGAAAGACCUUCCUACUUCCUUUGUGCUGAUGUUGGUCAGGACCAAUAUGAGGAGGUUGAUAUAAUCACCAAGGGUGGAAACUAUGGAUGGCGUGCAUAUGAAGGUACUCUUCCAUAUCAUCCCCCAAAGUCUCCAGGAGGAAAUACAUCUACGAGUUCUAUCAAUCCGAUUUUCCCUGUAAUGGGAUACAACCACUCUGAUGUCAACAAGGCUGAAGGUUCUGCAUCAAUCACCGGUGGCUACUUUUACCGGUCCAUGACAGAUCCAUGCAUGUAUGGAAGGUACAUUUAUGCGGAUUUGUAUGCUGGUCGCAUAUGGGCAGGUACAGAAACUCCUGAAUACAGCGGAAACUUCACAAGCACUUUAGUUCCGGUCAGUUGUGCUCUGGACUCUCCGAUGCAGUGCAGUGCCGAGGCAGGAAGCUCCGUUCCUGCAUUGGGGUUUAUAUUCUCCUUUGGUCGGGAUAACAGGAAAGACAUGUUUAUUUUAGCCAGUACCGGUGUAUAUAGAGUUGCUAGACCUAGUCGAUGCAACUACACUUGCUCCAAAGAAAAUGCUACGUCUUUUGCGCAUCCCGGUUCUGUUCCUUCCCCGUCUCCCUCUGCUUCAAGCAAUAGGAAGUUGAACAAGCCAGUAGUAGUGGAGCUGUUGCUCAUUUACUUCUUCAUGUCACUAUUGUCUGGUUCUUAA